UUUUUAUAAUAUAUCUUCUCUUCUUCUACUCUAUAUAAAUAUAUAUAUAUACACCCCCAAACAAAGAGCCAGAGCCAUCACAAAUCUUCUUUUUCUUAGUAAUCAAUCCAUCCACCCAUCGUUACUCAUCAUCCACACACACACACACACAGAAAACACAAAAAAGCUUUAGUUAUGGAUUCAGAAGAUUUGGCACUGUUGGCAUUCAUAGAGCAUCAGCUCCUGGAUGAUCAUUCUGACUUUAACACCUUGUUUUCCACCGGCCUCCUGAGUUCAUCAUUUGGUCAUAAUAAUAAUAAUAAUAAUCAUAAUAAUGAGGUGAUUCCUCCGGCCAUCACCCGCCCCGGUCCCGCCAGUACUAGUAGUAGUAGUAGUAGUAGCAGCGGCGGCGGUGCCAACAGUGAUGACGAGUAUUCGGCGGUGGCGCGUGGGGCGGCGGCUUCUAGUGAUGCGUGGAGGAGGUACCGGGGAGUGAGGAGGAGGCCUUGGGGGAAGUUUGCGGCGGAGAUAAGGGACCCGAAUUGCUGCAGCAGCAAGAGGAAGAAAGGGUAUUCCAGGAGGAUUUGGCUGGGAACCUACGAGACGGCGGAGGAAGCGGCGUUGGCGUUUGAUCAAGCGGCUUUCCAAAUCAAGGGUUCUAAAGCUCGCCUUAAUUUCCCUCACCUCAUUGGCUCCUCUGAUUUUGUUCCCCCUGUCCGGGUCAACCCCAGAAAGCGCCACCCCCACCAUUUCUCCUUUCCUUCCACGGCAUCAAUACUCGGUUUGGAUCAAAACAAGGCCAAGUUUGAGACUAUUGAAUUCACAACAGAUUAAUAUAUACUCCAGUUAGUUUGCUGCAAUUUUUUGUAAGUAGAUUGAUAGCCACUAGGAUAUGGAUGUUUGUUGGCUCGGGACAUUUUAGAUUGGAUAUCUCAUUUUAGACCCUUUUUUUUUCUCUUUUCUAUACCUUACAAAAACAAUUUACACAGAGCUAGAAUUUUUAUUUUUUUAUUUUUUGACAGGAUGUCUAUUUCAUAUUUUCAUUAGUGAAAGUUACCUACACUAUUGCACUGCAUUCUAUUAUAAACUAAAUUACGUUGUUCAUGGACCUCAUUUCUACUAACUUUAAUCAAUUGGCAAGAAAUGAAGGUCGAAAUUAAACUUAUAAGUAAUAACAUUAUUUCCUGGGGCUUGCCUUGGAAUAGGAGCAUUCCUAAGAUCUUGCAUUAAAACC